AUGAACGACAUCGACGAUCUUCUCAAGAUUGAGGAUAGAAUUCAGCAGGUGCAAAGUGACAGAAACCAACUAGCAUCAAAAUUGCAAAAUGUAAAGCAAUCGAUGGCCAACAAUGACACAGAAAUAGCACGCUCAGAGAUGAUAGCGCAAGAAAUCAUUGCUACUGGUACAAGUGUUGAUGGAAUUGAACUGUUAAGGGCAAAAUAUGGUAAGUUGCAAGUCUUGGAUAAACUGGAAAAAAUGGCAGUUCAACAAGCGCAGUUACAAGCUAGUAUAGACAAAUUAGGCAAUUUUAACCGUCAGUUAGAUGAGUUGACACAAGAACCAUUGGAUAAGUUCACUCUUGAUGAUAUACUGACUCUGCAUUCAAGUUUGACAAAUGUCUUUGCCACUGAUCCUCAAAGCAAGAAUGGUAAUUCUCAGUGUGCCGAGUAUAUCAAACUUAAAUCAAAGGUUAUUGAAAAGUAUAACAAUGAUCUCUUACAAAAAUUAGCCACUAAAUGGAGCGAAUUACUUGAGCAGGAAUUAUUGGAGGCGCAAUGGGAUACAUCGAAAUUUGCCUCUACAUCAGUGAGUUUGGUCAAGCGUUUAAGAGGAAAUGCCACCAAACUUUAUAGAUUAAGUCGACUCUUUCUACCGUUGGAGGAGGAGACACAGAGCGGUACAAAUAUACGUCCAUGUUCACGCUCAAGCAAAGGCGAAGAGCUUGUAUUAUGGAAUUUCAAAUCACUUGCAAACAAUUUCAAUAUUAGGUUCACUUACCAUUUCCACGCCACAUCCACUAAGAUUGAGACCUACUUCCAAUUUUUGAACGAUUAUCUCACAGAAAAUUUGUACAAGUGCAUCAAUAUUUUUCAUGAUGACUCUCACGGGCUAACAAAGCAAGUUAUUCAUGAACAAUUCAUUAAUUACGUCUUACAACCUAUAAGGGAUAAAGUGAAAUCCACCUUAUUUCAAAACGAUCUAAAAACUUUGAUUGUCUUGAUUUCUCAAAUUUUAGCCACUGACAAAAACCUACUAAGUUCGUUUCAUUAUCAUGGACGCGGUUUGGUGUCCUUAAUCUCAGAUGAAAUAUGGGAGAAAUGGAUCAACUAUGAAGUUGAAAUGGCAAAUAGGCAAUUAAUUAAUAUCACCAAGAAUCCUGAAGAUUUCUCCAAAUCCUCGCUAAAUUUUGUCAAAUUGAUCAAUAAAGUUUAUGAUUAUUUAGAACCAUUUUACAACUUGGAUUUUGAUUUAUUGAUAAGAUACAAACUUAUGACUUGUUCAUUGAUUUUUAUGAACUUAACUUCAUCAUACUUAGAUUAUAUUCUAACCGUCGAUUCAUUGCCAGAAACAAGAACAAAGGAGCAGGAACUGUACCAAACUAUGAGUAAACUGCAACAUGUCAACUUGGUCUACAAAAAGAUCAGAUCUCUUUCUUCAAACUUUAUUUUCAUUCAACUGACUGAUAUUGUUAAUAACACAGAAUCCAAGAAAUAUAAUUCCUUAUUCCAAAAUGUGGAGAAUGAUUAUGAAAAAGCUAUGAACGCGGAUAUGCAGAAUUCUAUCGUCCACAGAAUUCAAAAACUUUUGAAGGAAACGUUGCGAAAUUAUUUCAAGAUUUCGACCUGGUCAACAUUAGAAAUGGCUAUUGACGAAAACGAUGGGACGUCUUCUGUGCCGAGUGCUGAAUUGGUCAAUUCAAUGAAUGUUUUGACAAGAUUUAUCAACAAAUUGGAUUCAUUGGAUAUUCCACUAGCUAUAUCUUUAAAAGUCAAAAACGACUUGUUAAAUAUCAUCGUCAACUAUUUUACGGAGUCGAUCUUAAAACUGAACAAAUUCAAUCAGAAUGGUUUAAAUCAGUUUUUACUCGAUUUUAGAUCUUUAAGUGGCAUUUUAAGCUUAUCGCCACACACUACCAAUUAUAAAUGUCUAGGUUUACAUGAACUAGUAAGGAUAUUGAAGCUGAAAUACGACUUAAACAAUCAGCAGUUCCUUGAUCCGGAAUACAUUAAAACAGGUGAUUUCACAUCUUUAAAAGAAGUUUACUCUAUUAAAUACUUGAAAGAUACUAAGAUUCAAGAUGCACUUUACAGAAUCAUAUAUGGUAAUAUAUUAUAG